AUGUUUUCUCAUGCUCUUCAUUUGUUCUGUUCCAUUGCAGGAGAGUCUCCCCCGCAACAGUGGCCAGUCCUUACGCAUAAAGACAGAAGCACUGCUCCACCGGUCAGGAGCCUGUAUGAUGGCUUGCCCGGUCCUAGACUUGGAUCAAGGGUUCUGACCUCAGGAAGCCCAGCCAGCUCUUCUCUGACACGGAGCCCAGUGCUUGGAGCUGCGUCAUCAACUCCUGGAACAGCUUCAAGGAUGUUCAGUCCGGCAAGUGUUGGGCAGCCUCGGAAGAUGCCUCUAUCCUCUGCUCAGCUGGAUCUUUAUACUCAGGGUGCUGCCCUGACUUCCAAGGAUCAACUGGAUGCCACGUGGGUGACUGUAUUUGGGUUUACUCAGGCAUCAGCGUCAUAUAUUCUUCUACAGUUUGCUCAGUAUGGGAACAUACUAAAGCAUAUGUCCAACAGAGGCAACUGGAUGCAUAUCCAUCAGUCCAAGCUUCAACGCCAGAGAGCCUCGAGCAAAGACGGAAAGAUUUUUGGUGGCUCCAUCAUGAUUGGUGUCAAGCCGUGUAUAGACAGAAGUAUGAUGGAGAACUUGGAACAAAGCUCUACAUCCUCGAUGCCUGCAUAUUUACCAGUGCAACCCGCAAAUGACGCUUUGAGGUUGUCUGCAGUGAGACCUCUUGGAGUGGCACAUAAAGCUCUCCAAAGUGACUGUCAGGUGGUUGCUGACAGACCGACCCACAGGAAGGAUGACAGUUUGCUGUCCAAAGUACUGGAAUAUGUGUUUGGCUGGUUGUGCACAAUAGGACGUCACAUGCUGAGGUCAGGGUUUGAAAUGCACUACUGGCAUCCGCGGUUAGCUGUGCCACUGCUGGUGGCACUUCCUAUAGAGCAGAAGCACUUGGGAGUAGCAGGUGUUGUUUCCUUUGCUCUGGAGGCAGUAGACAGGAGGAGAAGAAAGUUGACAGCCCUUCAACCUGUGUACGCCUGGACAACCUCAAGAAAUCACCUUCACGUGGCUUCAGCUGGGGACUACGGCUGGCAAGCUGAAUCUCUUGUCUUUGUGCCAAGCACUAGUUUAGACCCCGGUGUCACUGACUGGGGCUCGCAGAGU